AUGGCCGGAACUGCGACGGCCACCAUCUCCUCGUUGCAGUCCCUGCUCGCUCACCUUUGGCGAGCUGUGUGCCGAGACUGGGGGCUCGCACCACACCUGGAGACCACGUACAAGCUUGCCAUCGGAUGCCGCGCUCGGGUGAAGAGUAUACCACAAGAGUACGUGGGCAACGCUGUGGUACUUGAUGUCGCAAAAUCCACCGUCAGCGACGUCCUGGACAAAGGGCUUGGCUGGGCGGCGUGGCUCCUAAAUCGUGCUGUGCUGUGGCGUCGUUUGACGAGGCGAAGGAACCACGGUUUCGACGUGUAUGGCAAUGGCUUUGGAUGGGGUCGGCCGUUGGCUGUCCGGAGCGGCGCUGGGAACAAGGUGGAUGGGAAGGUGACCGUGUAUGAGGGACGCGCCGGUGGAGGCAGUAUUAGUGGCGGGGCCACAGGGAAAAAGAAUAAGUGCCCCGGUAAUAGGGUUUGGGGAAAGUCUGAAGCCCCCUUAGCCCUUGCCCCUUGGGUUAUAUUUAUAAGGGCGAUGGGAGGAGGCAAUGUUCCUUCCGACCCCCCCUUUGGUUCACAAAUUUACAUACAGGGCACGGGCCUCAGGAUGCAAUCUUUGGUCCGGAAUGUCUGCCGAGCCGGAAGCCGUGGAGCUGCAGCGUGGCUCCUGGAGCUUGCCGCUGCUCCCGUAGCCGCGGUUCAGCCGGGGGUGGCGCAGCCAUCCUCGGCCGUCAAACACCUCAGGCAGCGGUACGGGUUCGCUCGUCCGACCGGGGUAGAUCAAUCCGUGCGUGUGCAGAGCCGGGCCCUUCCUGCCGCCGCCGCCUCCGGUUUCGGUCUCUGCGCAAAAGUUCUCGGUGCGACGAGGGGUUUGUCGACUGUGGGGAAUGCGGCUGAGGUUGCUUCUGAUUCUGACGAUUCCACCUCUCCUGCGGCUGAGCACCCUCCGCGCAUCAAGUUCAAGAGGCCUGAUAAGACCGCCAGGCACAUUAUGAAUAUCCUGAACAAAGAGGCAGUUGAAAAGGUCCGCUCGGAGAGGGAGAUUCCUGAUGUACAGCCUGGAUGUAUGAUUCAGAUGAGAUUGCUACUCGCCAAACAUCAAAGAAAUCAAGAUCUUGGACAGGAAGAAAGUCAGGAGAGCCAAGCUGUAUUACCUGAGGGACAGGGUGAACGCACUUAG